GGAAACUAUGACGUCAGAAGUUCAUAUAAGGGGACUGUGAACCACCGAUGAUGUUUGAACCAGAGCUAAGCACCAACUUUCGAGCCAUGCUAACCACGCGUAGCUUUAAUGUGUUAUAAACAGAGCUGAGAGAUUUACAGGGGCCAAUAGCCCUAGGCUAGCUCACCGGGACCAAACGGCUAGCCUAGAAGCUAAUGACGACGACACAUUAUGUCCCCGCGGCCCCUGGAGCCCCUGGCCAGGCGGCUGAUGAAGGGCGUGGUCAUGGUGGAGCUGCUGGGCGUGUUCGGGGCCUACUUCCUGUUCCACAGGAUGAACAACAGUCAGGAGUUCAGGAGCUCCAUGAACAGCCGCUUCCCUUCAGUGCUGGAAGUUUACUACCAGUCCAACGAGUGGGCCGGGAUCUAUGGGAUCCGGGAGCGGGACCAGGAAGCCUGGGCGGCCAAACAGGACUGAGCUACUUCCUGUUCCUCCUGAAGGCCCCGCGGCCCCUCGUCUUCCUCCUGAUGAAGGAGCUCUUCCUGCGGCGCAGCGUCUGGGAGUCCCGACCGUGGAUCCAGUCGUCCCGCUGCGAUUCCCACUUCAGCUGCUUCAGGCCUAAAGGGAGGAAGAGGAGGAGGAAGAGCAGAGGUCAGAACCAACCAGGUUCACGUCUUAAAGGGACAGUUUGGCUUUAAAAGCAGGAGAAUCUGAACCAGCCAAUCAGGAGCCAUCCUGGAACCAAAGGGGCGGAGCCUACCACUUCCCUCCAUUCAUCCCAUAAUAUCAGAGAAAGAUCAUCUGGUUCCCUCCAGAACCGGAUCGGAACCAGCCAACAGUAAUAAAAGCAAACUGUCCCUUUAAGGAGCAGAACCGGUUCUGUUGGACCAACUGGACUCUGAAUGUUCUGACCUGUUAGAAUCCAGUAAAUUAAAAUAAAACGGUUCCGUCUCCUGA